AUGGAGCCUAAAAAGAAGUGCUCUUGGUCGCCCAGAAAAAUGAAAAGUGCAAUAAGGGACAUUCGUGGUGGAGCAAAGUUGAGGCCGACAGCUGCUUUGUAUGGUAUUCCUGUUAUGACAUUAUCUGAUUACUCAAAAAGGGACAGCUAUGAUCUUUCAUUUCGCAUGGGAAGAAAACCCGUUUUCUCUCGUGAACAGGAGACAGAAAUUAGAGAUCAAAUAUUACUUCUGGCAAGUAUGUUUUAUGGAUUGACACCACAAUCAUUGAAAGCAGCAGUUUUUACAUAUGCGGAGUCUAACAAAAUUAAAAAUCCUUUCAAUAAAGAUAAAAAAGAAGCUGGUAAAGAUUGGAUGUAUGGGUUUUUAAAAAGGAAUCCUGAAAUAAGCAUCAGACGCCCGGAACCUACCAGCGUAAAUAGAAUUCUUGCCUUUAAUGCCACAGAGGUACAGAUAUUCUUUGAUAAUCUGUCAUCAACAUACGACAAAUAUAGAUUUCGUCCUCAUAGAAUAUUUAAUGUUGAUGAAACAGGCAUCAACACUGUUCACAAACCAGGUAAAAUACUUGCUCCUAAAGGGAUUAAGCAAGUAGGAUCUGCCACAAGUUGGGAGCGUGGGAAGAAUAUUACUAUUUGUUGCUGCAUUAGCGCAACUGGCCAGUAUGUUCCACCACUUAUUAUAUAUCCUCGGUUGAGAAUGCAUCCGUCACUAGAGCAAGGAGGUCCAAACGGUUCAAGUUAUAGAUGUAAUAAGUCAGGGUGGAUGACUGAAGAAUUGUUCUAUGCAUGGCUAGUGCAUUUUGCGGAACAUACAAAACCCUCAUUGGAAGACCCGGUAUUAUUAAUCCUAGAUAAUCACAGUAGUCAUAUUUCUGUGAGAAUUUACGAUUUUUGUCGUCAAAAUGGCAUUAUUAUGUUGACAAUACCGCCUCAUACGUCGCACAGGACUCAACCCCUGGAUAUUACAGGUUACAGUCCCUUGAAAACAGCUUUACAUAAAGAAUGUGAUGCCUAUAUGAAACUCCAUCAAUAUGAGAAACUAACGCCACUGCAAUUGAUUCCACUGUUCACUCAAGCGUAUUUGAGUGUAGCUAAUGCAGAAAAAGCACUUAGUGAUUUCCGAGCAUCAGGCAUUUGGCCCUUCAAUCCAAACGUUUUCAGUCAAUUGAUACAAGAAGGAAAUGAUAACGCUUCUGACAGGAUUCCCGCAGAACAGGCUAUUGUAGAUAUAAGGAUGGAGUCUGAAAAUGUGGAAGCAUCAUCUGCUUUACUAGACAUUCCGAUGGAUUUUAAUGAGAGGUCAUACUUAGUACCUACAAAUACAGAACCAAAUGAAUCCGCUGAUGACUCACGCCCUUCAACAUCAGGAAUUCAAAAUUCGUUACUUUUUGAAAAUCCAGAACCAGAGAUAGCUCAUAAUUCACUUCCGUCAAAAUCUGCAACUCAGACAGAAAUUGAGCAUGCCAAACGACAACUUUUUGUGACUCCUGUGGGAAAUAAAACACCUGAACACGUAAUACCUUUUAGUGAAAUAUCACCAGCUCCUGAAAAGAAACACAUUUCAAAAGGGAAAGGUAUAGGUAAACGGACCAAACAACAAUCAAAAUUACCUACUUACUUCGACGCCUAUGAAAUCUGUUUUAGAAAAAAUUGA